CAGCUGAAAGCUCUCUGCCUCAUUUGGACCUGGGAGAGGUAGAAGAACAAACAUGCCAACCACGAGGUACGGCCCAGCGACUCCCUUGGGAACAAUUUGUCUCCGUCCUCCUCACCCUCUGCCAGCUUUCCAUCAAGUAAAAACUCACUCAAGCUCACUCGUCUGUUGCUGUGUCUCAAUUCAGGGUCUGCAUCCUUCAAAGGACCCGGCUUUUGAGGACUUCGAAGGUCGCCAUCUGGGUGCUGCUGACCAGGCCCUCUUUAUUUUUGAUCAUCUGGAAGGAGAAGCAAAGGAAGAGAUCAAGUUUCGCUCUGCUGCGGAGCGAGGAGACGCCAAAAGAACCUGCUCUGAACCUGUGGAGGACACAGACACCACCAGCUUUGUGGCAGAAUUUUCCUUGGAGGCCAAUUAUCCAGUGCAAGUGACAGAUCCCCAUGCAGAUGCUGUGACACUCCAUCUGAGCUCCAUGCCAUCCAGGUAUCGACGCCCCUCCUCUGACAGAAUAAGGCAGCCAGUUGAAGAUGUUGAAGAAUGCACCUGCCCAGCAUCUAUUUCACAAGAAAGGCACAAGGCUAACACACAGACAAAUCCCUCAGUUGCUGAGCAGACUAAUAGCAGCAACAGCAGUCAUCCCUCUGGGGCUCCUGUCAUUGCACCCCAUGGAGGUCUGUGUCAACAGUUUGGGCCUCGAUCCCGAGAGGCACCUAAACAGGAUGACUUCCCCAAGGAGCUGCAGUUAAUAAAGAGCCCCUGUCAAAAGUGUUGCUGCCCAGCACCUCCUCCCAAGAUCAGUGAUCUCAUGAAUGACAAAGAUCUCCUGGACUUACUGCGGCUCAAACUGGAUCCAAACCACUGCACCAUCAAAAAUUGGAAGAACUUUGCAAGUCGAUGGGGAAUGAGCUACGAUGAACUGACUUUGCUGGAGCACCGGACACAGGGCUCCUUGUCCCACAGCCCCACUCAGGAGUUCCUGCUGCGCUACAACCAGAAGACAGUCACUGAGCUCACCGAACUUUGCCGCAUUUACCAGCGCAUUGAUGUACUUCGACUGCUGCAGAGCUGGAUAGAAAAGGACUGGCCAUCACGCUGGCAACAGACUCUUUGACAAGUUUGACUCUCCCUUUAUUUAUCCCAUCUCUCUUAUUUCUUCAGUCAGGAUUGUUCUUGUUAGGGUUUCUUCUUCAUAACCUUGUGUACAUUUUACCAUAGUUGUUUUUUUUGUGCAGAUCACUUGCUAAAGUUAUUUAUGAUACAAUGACCAACAAGUGAAUAAUGAAAAACUUCAAUUAGUGAAGGUCAGCAUCACUCUGUGCCUCAGGGGAGGAUAUUACAGACCAUAAAGCACAAACAUGACUCACUACUGGUGAACGUUGGAUUGUAAUGUCACCUUGACUGACAGCCAUUAUGAUGACAACAUUUGUGGUUUUGAGUGAAAUGUCUCAACAACGGAUUGCUGAGAUGGAUUGUCGAGAAAUAUCUUAUCUGGUUGAAAAUGUAAAGUAUUCAAUACUUUGGUUAUACUUCAUGUUUGGGGCUCAUUACCAAAUAUUAACACACUAGCAAAUGCUGAUUUAAGGUGUUGAAUAAUAUAAACAGUAUAAGUGCUAAACAUCAGCAUUUUAGGAUUGUCAUCAUGGGCAUAUUUUCAGUUAGCAUUGAGUACAGCAUCACAGACCUGCUCACAUGGCGGUGGACUUGGGUUGAUGUCUGGAUAACAGCACAAAUAAUGUCAUAAUAUUCUAUAUAUUACUUUUUUUUUUUUUACUCACAAAUAACACUUACUUUAUACUCAUACAUGCCAUGUUAGCAGGAUGUGUGUCACAACCUUUAAGUCAAUCACACAGGCUGUCUCUCAUUGACUGUUACUAUUUUGGUCUGGAAUUGAGCUUUUGGUAAAUAUCAUAGCAAGUGAUGAAAAAAACGUAUCAAAGUAACACAAUUAUUCCAUAGAUAUCUCUUAAUUUGGUCUGGAAAUAUAAACAAAAACUAAUAUUCUACAAAUCAUCUAAUGUCUUAAAUAUUCAAACAUUAAUUCUCACAUAGAUGUUUUUGCCUAUCAUUUUGUAUUGCUUUAGAAGAAACAACUGGAAUUUAUGUUUUUACUGCACUUGAUUUCUAAGUAUGAAAUAAACGCAUGUAAACUUGUG